CGUUGCGAUAAGGCAGUGAAAAUAGUCGCAACCGUAUUGCGUCUUAAUUUUUUGUCGCGAUCUGCAUCCAUCUUGACGCUGCCGAAAAACUGUCAAUGUAUCGCCGAUCUUCAGCCGAUUGGCAGCCUCUGGGGCGUUGUCAACCGGGAAAGACAGGGUUUUCGUAAAGACACCGCCACCGCUACUUCUGCUAUGUAAAAGUCAAUCCGAUUUCCUUUCGGCGGUGGUCUAACUGCUGCCAUGUUGGCAGAAACAAUUAUCACCGCACCUAUUUCGAGAGAUCCCUGCGCCGGAACGGGAAGCUGUAUAAUUGCUUGUAUGAUAGUAGGCUUUGCGGCUGUGGCGGAAUGUGUGUAUACAUGUCGGGCAAGAGGUAAUGCUGGCAGAGGUGUGAAACGAUGGGCAGUGUACCAUUUCGUCAUUUCGAAUCAGUAUGCAUUCAAUUUUUUCUAUAUACUCUCCAGCGACGCUUUGUCUGGUACGAACCCAAGUCGUGGCGACAAUUUGUCUGGUCGGUAUUAUAUAUUGCGACGUUGCCAUUAUUUGUGCACUGGCACCGACGGCGGCUGGUUGGCUAGCAAACCGACCGACUCUCUCGGUUUCUACUCGGUCGCAACUUCGCUCGAGCUCUGCCGCUGGUGUGUGUUAGUGCAUGAUAGGCCACCAUGGCGGUGUUUGUAUGACCAAUAAAUAUUUUUAGCUAAUACGUGUUUUUUAACUACCUAAUUAAAAAUAAAUUAUUGCACAGGUUCGAUCACUAUAAGAAGAUUUUUUCUCCAUAGAAGAGUAAAUUGGGAACAGGAUGUUGGACCCUCUACAUGGGGCGAUAAGAAGCUUAACUUUGACUCCACUCCACACACUCGCAGCACCAACAGUUCGGCAACGUUGCUUCUAAACUCGUUUCGAAAACGGAUGUUAGACCUGUAGGCGUUAUGAACGGAGAAUCGACACACGUCUAUGUAGACUAUCGAAUCGAGUGCACUAACAAAUGGUAGAUAGAAGAGGAUGAACACAACAGUCUGUUUCACUUGCAAGAAUGUCUCUCUCGCAACCUGUCCGGUUGCUACCUCUAGCCACCUGCCCUCGGCACACCCAUCAUGUGACUUGAACAACGGCGAGUCAUCGCACACUUGCUGACUGCGAUGAGCAUGCAUAUGUAUUAGUCAGGUCAGCGCCGACUUCGGCCGUGUAUGGAUACGAACACGGCGAUAUAUGCGUGUAUGCGAGCCCUCGCUGUUCGGCUGAGUCCAAAGAGGCAGAUAUAUUUAUGAAAAAAUAAUACCAUACCACUCGACUGUGUAUGCUGCUAACGUUUAGUCACAUCGCCCAUCCUCUCUCGCGGGUUGAUUUCAAAGUGCUUCAACACAAGACAAAAUAAAUUUAAAUGGAAAACAUUAAUGUGCAGCACGGCAUCGGGAAGAAUAGUUUUCGGUUUUGUCUUCACGGAAAAUUAUUUUGAAACUUAUGUGUUUUGGUCAAGUGUCAGUUGAAACUUGUGCAGUAGAUUUAUCUGCGGAAAGUUAAAGUAUAGUGAACAAUUAUCAGUUUCUCGGGUGGACACAGAGAGUGUCUAUCGGACCGCACUUGUGAAGUGAAAAUCAACAGUUACAGUAGACUGCGGUAGUUGAAUGUGUGAGCGUAUUGAAUGUGUAGAAAUUACGAAAAUACUUCAAUAAUGGCGCACGGACUACAUUCGAUGAUAAAAAGUGAAAUUGGAUGCAACAGUAGCAAACCGAGAAUGGAGCAACAGCAACGACCUGGCGGAGUAGUUGGAAAUAGUUCGGGAACAGCCGGGAAAAUGGGUUCUCGGAGAAUCUUUCCACCACAGUUUAAACUACAGGUGCUGGACUCCUACAGAAAUGACAGUGAUUGCAAGGGUAACCAGAGAGCGACGGCACGCAAGUAUGGCAUCCACCGGAGACAAAUACAGAAAUGGUUGCAGGUGGAGAAUAAUCUCCGCUCGGCAGCUGCAACUAGUGCUUCUAAUGGGGCAACCAAUGCGAUGAAAAUCAAUCUAAUGAGCAAUAGUGGUAAUCAUCAUUCGCCACAACAACCUCAGUUCCAGCUUCAUCAACCACACCAUCACAUUCACCAUCAGAAUAUGAAUCUGAAUUCCAUUGAACUAAAAGCGCCUCUGGAUUCAACCAGACACCGCGUCGCUCAAAACGCCACCUCCAACAAUAAUAUCAUCAACGGCAACAGCAAAGAGAGCAGCGUCAGCGCUUGUAUAAUAUCGCCCGUUCCCACUCACACAAUGUCGUCGCCGUUCUCACAUCCACACGAAGCAUCGUCGUCGUCGUCGUCAGCAAGUCUAUCGGUACUUAAACAUCACAGUCGAGAAUCCUCAACUGUGACAGCGACGGCACUGGUAAACCAAGUGUUGCGGCCAAAUUUUUCACCUGUCUCUGGGGAUUUUCCAGCCGUCACAACGCCAACCCACCAUCAUUCAGGUUACGAUCAACAGCUCAACUUACUCGAUACAUACUAUCACUAUCACUACGGUAAAUAUGCGAUCGACUGUCCGAUUGAUCUUUCAUUGCCGCAGCAAUUCCGCAGCAAGAUUGAACAAGCUCUUUCACCUUGUUCGACCAUAUCGUCGGUUUACUCGUCACGACUGCGGUCUCCGACACCAGCCCCAACUCAGAUCAAAUGUGAAGUGCGUGAUCCCACUGAAGACUGCAAAGCGGUCGAUCUCUCCUGUCGUAAACGCAAAUCCAGCUCGGCAUGUGACGAUUUUGCCGACGGUGCCAGUCCGCCAAAAUCAUUUAAGUUGUUCAAGCCUUAUCUUCUGGACGAAAAAGACGACGAAAAAGAUUCUUCCAUUGAAUCACCUCUAGGCGAAUCACUGAAAGAUGGUGUCGGUUCUUCGGGGAGGCUAGAUUACCCGAUCAUUUGGAACUUUCAUGCCCAGCAGCGCUACUACGAGAAUAUCUAUGAAUGCGGAACUGGUCAGUACGUUUACUCGUCCAGCCCUCCGUACGUUAAGCAACCACAUACACCAAUCCCCCGAACACCCUACAGUACCCUAUCUCCAUCCCCUUCAAACAGUGGCAUCUGGGCAGCACCUCAGGCUUCACCAGUUUCCGGUUAUGACAGUUCUACCUCGAUCUCAUCCGUCUACAGCACCGACGGCAACGACGACGGAUACAGCUACAGCCUAGAACUGAAACAGCAGGCUAUCGAUAGCUACUAUCACGAUGUGAGCUGCCGCGGUGACUUCCGCGCCGUGGCAUCCAAAUACAACAUCAACCGGAAGUACAUUGAGAUGUGGCUGGCGCAAGGAGAACAUCUCACCACCGUCAGCAAUAAUCAUCCUCCACCUAUGCCCCCACAGGUAAUGGUUGGGUAAGCCAUACUUUCGCUUAUUUUCUUCGUUUCUUCAAUUUAGCUUUAUGUCUAAUCAAAAUCAGGAUUUCGUUUUGAAAUGCGUUUUAUCUUCUAAACACAAUAGUAUAUACGAUUAUUCCUGUGAUGUUUCCGCGGAAGCCAUCGAUCAUGUAAUGAUCGUUCAUGCCGCUGCUUUUCAUUGUUGUUUGGGAGACUAAUCGUGCUCCGAGUCCACAGGGACUUUGUUGCAAAACAGAAAUGUGAUAUUUAUAACCUAUACAUAUUAGCCUAGCCUAUCAUGUAAAUUUGAUAAUGAUUAGAACGUGACUUUAUUAAAUAGCAACAGAAGGAAACCAAAAUGGACCGCAGUUUGAUAAUCGCAAUCCAGAUGUCGCAGUAUACCGUAUUCCAGAACAGGUCUUUUCACAAAGCUGCUUGAGCGAAUCAGAAUGAAAAUACGACCGCAAAUGGUAAAGUGCUGUUCCACUGAUUAGCAUUACAAAACCAUUUCAUCGGGUUUGUUAAUUACGAUACCGACGGGUGAUUUGCUAAAGCUGUUAAGAUUUAGAAUGCUUUUCUUUUUCCCUCCCGCCUUUCACACACAGGUGUCAGAAACCAUUGCUGUGGAACUCCGCCUCUAAAAAAUGCAUAUUGCCAGGAUCGCAGGUAGAUCCUAGGUUACCCAGAUCUCUCGCUGCUCGUAUAUCGAUGCUUUAACAAAUCACAGGUGCCAUAUAGUUUCUAGCAAGUUAGUCCUCAUGCCAAGUGCAAAAAUUUUGGGGGUUGGAACUUUCUACACUUUCUUCUCUGUGAAGAGAUACAUUCAAUAAAAGAUUACAAAAGCUACGUGAUUCGUCAGUUCUCCGAACGGAUGGGAAUUUCCCGUAAUUCCGUCUCACCGUAAUUAUGAAACCUUUUCUUGCUACCUGUUCGUACUUGUUGUUCUGCCUCUUUGCACUGUUCGCUUUGCCUAAAUUCAAUUUAGUAGGUUCAGUCAUUUUGUUCGACAGUUUUUUCCAACACUAAUCCAGCAUGUGCUCGUGACUUUUCGGUUGAUCUGACGCAUUACCGAUUGCAUCGUUCGGCGUUUCCUAAGCUCUCCAACGAUGCGCGAAAAAUAAAUUGUACUCAUCCAAAAUUUUCGCGCAAAAUCUCACCUAAAAUUAGGUGAGUGAUUGAACAAUCGUCGUGUAAACUAGUAAAUUAAAGUUCCCACUAACUGCCCACACAGUUGUAACCUGCACUCUUACCUACGGGCAAUCGAUAUCGGUUUUCUCUUAUUUUUCUUUUUGAGUGACACCUUUCGUCCCACUGCAAAAUAAAAUCAAGAAAUAACACUCAACACCGUCGUCUUCGUCGUUGUUGUUAGCACAUUUGAUAUACUGUACAAAUUGCACAGAUUGUCAACAAAAAAUCAACGUUAUUUUUGAACUUGCAAUGGCUCUCUAAACUGCGGUCCCGCUUUUGUGUUUCCUAAAAAUUUUUAUAAUCGAAAGCAACUAGAAAAACAAAAUCAAAACUAAUUAGUAACAGCGUGUGAGCAGACGGAUGAAAGCAAUUCUGUCAAAUACUAACUUUUGUGAAUAUCAAGUGCCUAAUGGAGUAUACAUACGAGCAAGUAAUACAUUAGUGAUAGAUGAAACAAGUAAAUCAAGUGCCAAUACAACAAAAGCAAAACAGCUAAUAAUAGCGAUAAUGAUAGUAACUACCACUAAUAAAAUGAGAUCAUCUAGAUAGGAUAGAUUUAGCUCACUGUCAACUUUAUAACAUUAAAUUAAAUUUAAAAAAGCAUCAGUGAAUUUUUCGUUAAGCGUAUUUAAAUUUAAUUUCCUAUCAGUUCAGUUUAUCUUGUACAUGAAUAACAGAUUUCCUCUCCUGCAAAGCAAGUAAAAAAAUGUCAUGGUUUUCAACUGUCAUCAACAUAACUUAUCUAGUUAACUACGUUUAAAAUGCAUCAAGUAUACAGGUUCGUUUGUAAGAUUACUUGUACUAAUUAUUCUAAUUAUAGUAAUUAUUAUUAUUCUGAUCUUUGAGUAACUUUCGUGGUAUAGACGUAGACGCGUGAUGAUUUGAAGGCAGUUAUCUGUUAGAUGAAUAAAUGUAAAUAGGUGAAAUGAGCAGCCAUACUUGAGAAGAAUUACAUGUAGUUAUUUUAACCGUGUUGAAAUAAGCGUAUCAGCGAACCGGGAAGAAAAAUCAUAUUGUAUUUUCUAUUACUAUAUUAUACAUUUUGAAUGAGAAUUUUUAUUCGAUUGAAAAAGAAAGAUGCAAAAUAUAUCUACAUAUACUA